AGUUUUUGAUUAUCAUUUUGAAUAUCAUUUUGAAUAUCAUUGACAUUACAAUUACCGCAAAGAUCGAGGCCAUGAAUGUGUUGAUAAUUAUAGUCAUUAUAAUGAUAUUAUUGUUUAUUACCGACAGAAUUGACAAUCACUACCAAAACUAUUGAAAAGUUGGAUCAUUUGAUAUAUAAAUUAAACAAAAGUUUUGUCUAUCGAAGACAUGGAGAUUAGUACCGAUGAUAACACCUAUUUGGUCGCCGAUGAGACCAUUUUGCUGACUAAUGACACAAAUGGUCAGCUCGUGAAUGAAGAGAACAAUGAGAUUACUGGUGAAGAAGAGUUGGAUGCUUUGGUUAAGUCACAAGUGGACCAAACAGAUGACCAGUUGAAUGACGACGAAAUCAUUAUUGCGGAGGCAGUUAUGGUCACACAAUUCACGUGCAAAUUCUGUAAUCGACGCUUUGAUACGAUUGAGAAAGUGAAGAAUCACUAUCUUUUGCGACACACUAAGGAUUUAUCACUUAUCAAACGCUACUCUGACGGACAAUCGAUGAUCGACGGCGAGAGUAUAGAUGAAAAUGACGAUUUGGAUGAACCAACACUUUCGUCAAAAAGAAAGAAAAUUACUAAACGAAAGCGUCCGAAAAAUACUAACAAAACCAAAACAAAUCAAUUGAAUUUGAAGGAUGAAGAAGACAUACCAUCACCAACUAAAAAGAGUCGUCGAUCAGUCCGUAACAUCAGAAAAUACCCGUGCGAUUGGCCCGCCUGUCCAUAUGUGGCCAGACAUUCGGUUCAUUUGAAAGACCAUAAGCGCACCCAUACAGGCGAAAAGCCCUACAGAUGUAAUUGGCCUGAUUGUGGAGUCAGCUUUGUUCAGGGAUCAGCUCUUAAAACUCACAUACGUACUCAUACGGGUGAGAAGCCAUAUCCAUGUCAGUGGCCGGGAUGUCAGCUAAUGUUUUCACAGAAAAACAAUGUCAAAGUUCAUAUGAGAACACAUACGGGUGAGAAACCGUAUGUUUGCGAUUGGCCCGGAUGUGAGUGGAGGUUCGCUGUUAAGGGAAAUUUAGAUGAUCACAAAAAAUUACAUACAGGAGAAAAGUUUUUCAUUUGCGAUUACCCGGGUUGUGACCGAAGUUAUAUCCAAAACUCGCAUUUAAGACGCCAUAUGUUAGUCCAUACCGACGAAAAGCCGUUUGCUUGCGAUUGGCCCAACUGUUCGUAUCGAUCGGUGCGAUCGUGCGAUGUGUCCAACCAUAAGUUCACGCACACCAAAGAAAAACCAUAUGUCUGUCAAGUUAUUGAUUGCGGUAAAGCGUUUACACGACAACAUCAUCUACGAAAACAUCACGACAACAAUCAUCAGAUGGACGACUUCACAUACGAUCAGUGGGAUGACACUCAAGAACUGGACGAUCAUGAAAUAGAUUUGGCGACUGCUGUGAUCAUCGAGAAAGAGGAGGAGUUGAUAGAAGAUGAAUAG